CCUCAGGCCAUACUCCGUAGACGUCGUGACAUCGUCAAACUCUCUCUGUCCUUCCAGUGAUAACGUGCAGCCCCUUUCGAAUCAUCUCCUUCGAUCCUCUUCUCGAAUGACCCCCAUGAUGUCCAUUUUGUUGUUCUCCCCUCCAUGGUCUGCAGUCCUUGCAGAAAUCAUGCCCACACUCAAAGUAAUCCCAGCGCCAUGGCUUGACAUCCUGCUUGCAAACAUGACCCUCAUUAGGUCCCUUGCCACAUCUGCAACACACCCAUCCUCUCAUCAUGCAUUCUUUAUAUGCACAUCCGGCCUUUCCGCAUGGCCGUAGCGAUCGAGUAACGGUAAAGUCAACACUCCCGCAUGAGCAUUCUGAGCUGUUGGCGAUUUCUUUUCUCGUCGUGCAGUCGAUAUAUCGGGCUUUUUCUUCGUGCCCGCAGGCAUAAUGUAUCCAUUCGCAGGUGCACAUUGUGUAUCAUUUCGCAGUUGGGAGUUGAAGAUGCAAGGAACCCAUCCACCAGCGCGGGAGACAGAAAAGCAGUCCAGUCAGUGUUUGUAACCCGCGCAAAUCUCCAUUCAGUGACACAAAGAUCUACGCGAAUUCCUUGGAUUUCGGCCGCGUCAUUGUCCGUUUCUCGAUCUUUGCAUCACGCUCCAUCUUUUACCCUGAAUCCGAGCUUCUCGUACACCAGCUUUCCCUUGGGUGUAGCCUCAAGAAAGCAUGGGAGACCAUCUGUGUCUGCACGCUCGAUGCCCCAGCGGAGAAGUAGAGUGCCCGCGCCUUUGCCUUGCCAAAUCUCGUGCGUGCAGAUAAGCUCAAGGUAAUAAUGAGGUCUAUCGCCUAUCAACUUGCGAUGGCCUCUCGUCAUAGCGCCAAAGAACUCGACUGCGAGAUCACCGUUUGCUGGCCAUGCUUCGGCUGGUGGAGGAUCUUGGAUUGGGGCACCCGGGAGGGCCCAUUUUGCUAGCGAGACUACCUUUUCGUCUUUUGAGCCUGGGGAGGAUUUGUGCGUAACAACGAGCAAUUCACACAAAGGGUCUGCAAUAUCAUCCAUAAAGGCCUUCUGAAAGAAGCGAUUUGAGGCAUCGAUGUCGGACGUGAAGACACGGCUUCCGAUAUAGGUGUCACCAAAAGCUGAGUAGUAGACCUGGCACAUCUCGGGGAUGUCCUCUGGGACAGCAGGGCGCAGCUGGAGAGGCAUCUUCGCGAUGGUGAGUGAUGCAGUGAGUGAGAGGGGGCACUGAAGAUGAUUCAGAAAUAUUGUGACACUGCUGAGCCGUCCUCUAGCAUUGAAUCGCUAUGGGACAUCCCCACAAGCGAAUCCCAAGCGGAAGGUCUAGCGAGGUACCCUUGUCCAUAUUGACGGGAGAGCUUGAAGAUCAACUGCGCUGUGUGAAGUGAAAGCGACCAUGUUGGAGUCUUUCAAGAUUCUUGAAUCUGGUGAGGAGUAUAGAACGAGGCCACAAAGUGCAACUAUUGAUGUUGGAAAGCCUCGUCGAUGUGGUCGGUAUAACUCACCUAACCCGUCUUAUGCCGAAUUACGCCGUCCCCCGCGCCCUUCACAUCAAAAGCAACACUAAAGUAUUGACAUGUAAGUAUGACUCCUCUGUCUUGGCAUAUAAAGAUCGUGAGAAAUAUUGUAAUUGAGGCACAAACAAAGAACUACCAACAUCGUAUACGUCAUCAACAUUGAUCGACCAUGUCCAACGACCUCGCCAAACAGCUCAAGGCUCUCCACAAGCCUUCAUCGCCGGUUGUCUUCCCGAAUAUCUGGGACGUCGCUUCGUUCCAAACUGUCACAUCACUCAACCAUGGAACUUCUAAGCCAGUCAAGGCUCUAGCGACAGCGUCUUGGGCCGUUGCAGCUACAUACGGUAUCCAGGAUGAGGAGCUCACCCUAGAGCAGAACAUGGAGGCGAUUGGCAAGGUUGCACCGCUCGCCAAAGCGGCUGGCAUUCCGUUGUCUGCCGAUUUACAAGACGGAUAUGGGUCUCAGAUUGAGUCUACGAUCAAGCGAGCCGUUGAGCUUGGUGUUGUCGGCGCCAACAUCGAGGACGUGAGCUCUGAAACAUCCGAAUUCUACCCCAUCGACGAACAAGUCCGACGUCUCAAGACAGCUCUCAAAGCUGCCUCUGAUGCAGGUUGUCCCGAUUUUGUCGUUAAUGCACGUUGCGACACCUUCCACGUCGACACAGGCCUCUCAGAAGAUGAGGCGAUGGAAGAAGCUAUCAAACGCGGAAAGGCGUACCUGGAAGCUGGUGCUACAACAGUAUUUUACUGGGGUGGAUCAGGACGGGGACUACGAGAUGCAUGGGUCGAGACUUUGGUGAAAGAGCUUGAUGGAAGGGUUGCGGUCAAGCUGGCGCAUAGGACCAAGGAUGCGUUGUCAACUAAGGCAUUGGGUGAAAUUGGUGUUGCGAGGAUUAGUGUUGGGCCAAGUCUGUUUAUCUUGGCGCAGGCUGCUAUCAAAGAAGCUGCUGCAAGUAUCCUCGAUGGUGGAAAUUUGUAAUUAUCUGUUCACGGUAGUACAGAAAAGACUUUUUUCCCAUGA